AUGACCACCUUAAACCACACGGCUGUCAGCCACACCGUCUUCCACUUCCUGGGCAUCCCCGGCCUUGAGGACCAGCACAGGUGGAUUUCCAUCCCCUUCUGCAUUUCCUAUGUCAUCGCCCUGCUUGGGAACAGCCUGCUCGUCUGCAUUAUCCUCACCAAGCGCAGCCUCCGUGAACCCAUGUACCUCUUCCUCUGCAUGCUGGCCGCGGCAGACGUUGUCCUCUCCACGUGCACAGUACCUCAGGCCUUGGCCAUCUUCUGGUUCCGCGCUGGGGAGAUCUCCCUGGAUCACUGCAUCACUCAGGUAUUUUUUCUCUCUUCCACCUUCAUCUCUGAGUCGGGGGUCUUGCUGGUGAUGGCGUUUGACCGCUACAUUGCCAUACACUACCCACUGAGAUACACCACUAUUCUUACACGUGCUCUGAUUGGGAAAAUCAGUGUGACCAUCUUCCUGAGAAGUUAUUGUACAAUUUUCCCCAUAAUAUUUCUUUUGAAAAGAUUGACUUUCUGCCAAAAUAAUAUUAUUCCACAUACCUACUGUGAGCACAUUGGCUUGGCCAAAUAUGCUUGUAAUGACAUUCGAGUGAACAUCUGGUAUGGAUUUUCCAUCCUAAUGUUAACAGUGGUUUUAGAUGUUGUGUUAAUUUUUGUUUCCUAUGUGCUGAUUCUCUGUGCUGUUUUCCACAUGCCUUCUCGAGAUGCUCGCCACAAAGCUCUCAGCACAUGUGGCUCCCACAUCUGUGUCAUUGUCCUCUUUUAUGGGCCUGCAAUCUUUACAACCCUUACUCAGCGGUUCGGACGCCACAUUCCUCCUCAUACCAACAUCUUGUUGGCUAAUGUUUGCAUGCUUGCCCCGCCUAUGCUCAAUCCUGUCAUUUAUGGAAUCAAGACCAAGCAAAUCCGGGAGCAGGUGGUUCACGUGUUGUUUACAAAGCAGAAAUCACUUUGGUUUAACAACUAA